UGGUGCUAAGUUCUGGUGGAUAUCCAGCGUGCCAAGUGUCAGAAUGGAGGCUGUGGCACAGUGCGAUGUACCUGUUGCUAUCCUUCAGAAUCGGAUCAAAGCUGCCAAGGACCCCAAGCAGACGGCAAAGCUGCAGAAUGACCUGGACAAGCUCCUUGAGACAAGGGAGCUGAUCCAGCAGACAGUGCAGGAGAUCGUUAAACUGGCUACAGACUCUGAGGAACAGGCUGAACGUAUUCUCACAGCUAAACAGCACCUCACGGAGAGGGAAAACUAUUACGCAGCAGUGGAAUAUUUCCGAGUUCAGUGUUUUGACUGGCACAAGCAGAAGCAGUAUGAGUAUGCUCUUCACCAGCUGAGUGCCUUUGUCAAUUUGUGUGAAGAACGGGUCCCACUGACACGGAUCAAAGAAGCAAUUGACCAAAUGAGCAAGAAGCUGAAGAAGUGACAGUAGAAACCCCUUCCCUCCAUUUAAUGGAGGCAGGCAUCUCCCUCUUGUUUUAUGUCUUGCAAAUGGAAUCAAAAAGUUUGAAGCUGCUAGGUUUUCUCUCUCUCGAGCUGCUGUUUAGGCCAGAUUAUUCAGAAUAACUGGAUGGGAGGUCAGUACUGACCAGCAAGUCACCUGAUGCAAAAUCAAACCACAAAGAACUCUCAUACCUUCUUUUAUACAUAACAUGCACUGAAAAUAUAACUGCUUAGCAUUCAUAAAGUAAAUUCUGUUAUAUAACAUGCUUUGUUAAUGUAAUACGUACUUAUUUGUGAUGUCAAACUCUGAAGUCUUGAGGUAUGCAAAAGGUUAGACUGUUUGCCUUCCAGGCCAUGUCCAUUUUAUAUUGUGCUUUGCAGGACGGAUCCUGUAUCGGUGGUCCCACAAAGAUAAACCGCGUGGUUUGAUGGAUGUACUAGUCAGGACCACUCAAUUUUGUGUACAAAGGCCUACUAUUGUUACUGGGGCAGUGUCUUUAUUUAGAUGAUCAACUUAUUGCUUUGGGAGGGUGAAGCAUUUGAUGAAGUGAGUGACAGCGUUCUGUCAUCCAUCUGUAAAUGAAAGGAAAUUUUUCAACAAAAAUCGCUUGCUUGAUGAUUGUGUCACUUUAAAAUGCCAACACUUUUUCGAGAACAUGAAAAAUGUAUUGAGCUCAAAUGUCAAUGUACUGUUUGAUUAAUUUCACCAUAUUCUGUAAUUUUAUCUUUGCAAAAUGUAUCAGUUACUUCCUGAAAUAAUUUCUAUCAAUUCCUUUAGUUGUUUCAUUAAUACUGAAUGAACACAGGCUUGUCCAGGCUUCUCCAUGAUUGGAGGAUCUAUCUUUCUAUGAAUUGGGCUCCCUAAUGUUUCAGUUGAGUCUCUUGAUUUUUGAACUUUUCAAUGCAGGAGCCAUUUUGCCUGGCUUAGUUCACACAUCCUCUACUUGAAUAUUUUGGUUCAGUCAAAGUCUGUUUUCAAAUAGGAUCAGAUCUGUUAAUCUAAACUUUUCACUUGGCUUCAGAAGUUCCAUUGGACUGUCCACAUCACCUUUCCAUUUGUCAGGGUACACAACAAAAAUACUGAAUGAGUAAAGGCCAUUCAAUCCUUCAAAUUUAUCCCAUCCAGAGUCCACAUCUGAUUGGACCAUCAAGGAUCUCUGUCCCACAUUGUGUCAAAAUCCCUGCAUUUGAAAAUGUCAAUUUCCUUUAGAGACCUCCCUCAGCAAUUUAAAAGCAAAAAAGUGUCAACUCUGAAGAAGGGUCCCAACCCAAAAUAUCAAAUUUCCUGUUCCUCUGAUGCUGCCUGGCCUGCUGUGUUCCACCAGCUCCACACUGUGCUAUCUCUGACUCCAGCAUCUGCAGUUCUUGCUAUCUCCAAGUGUCAUUCAUAAAACCUUGAAUUAAAUAUCAGUUGAUCUCAAACCCA